GGUCCUCCGAACCAGAAGGUGGCGGUAGUGCACCAAAACCAACCGCAGUAAAAACACACGAAGAAGAAGUAGAAGAAGCCUGACCAUGCGAAUUUUUCCAGAAUGGGUACCCAAGUGAAAGACGUCCUCAUUAAGCCUGAAGCUCCUGACACACUGCUGCUGGACAAACAUGCAGACUACAUCGCUGCCUACGGCUCCAAGAAGGAUGACUACGAGUACACGCUGUCGGAGUACCUGCGGAUGAGCGGGAUCUACUGGGGGCUGACAGUAAUGGACCUGAUGGGGCAGCUGCCCCGGAUGAACCGGCAGGAGAUCAUAGACUUCAUCAAAGCCUGUCAGCACGAGUGUGGGGGCAUCAGCGCCAGCAUCGGACACGACCCCCACCUGCUCUACACCCUCAGCGCCGUCCAGAUCCUGUGCUUGUAUGACAAUGUGGAUGCCCUUGAUGUGGACAAAGUGGUGGAAUACAUUAAAGGAUUGCAGCAGGAAGACGGCUCCUUUGCAGGGGACAAAUGGGGAGAAAUAGACACACGAUUUUCCUUCUGUGCUGUUGCUACACUUGCAUUACUGGGUAAGAUGGACACAAUCAAUGUCGACAAAGCUGUAGAGUUCGUCUUGUCCUGUAUGAACUUUGACGGAGGUUUUGGCUGCAGACCUGGUUCAGAGUCUCAUGCUGGUCAGAUUUACUGCUGCACUGGUUUCCUGUCGCUCACCGGUCAGCUGCACCAGGUGAACGCUGACCUGCUGGGCUGGUGGCUCUGUGAGAGGCAGCUGCCGUCCGGAGGCCUCAAUGGACGGCCGGAGAAGCUCCCAGACGUGUGCUACUCGUGGUGGGUUCUGGCGUCGCUGAAAAUCAUCGGCAGGAUCCACUGGAUCGACAAGGCCAAGCUGCGGACGUUUAUUCUGGCCUGCCAAGACGAGGAGACCGGAGGUUUUGCUGAUAGACCGGGAGACAUGGUGGAUCCGUUCCACACUCUGUUCGGAAUUGCCGGCCUCUCGCUUCUCGGAGAUGAACAGAUCAAGCCGGUGAAUCCCGUUCUGUGCAUGCCCGAGGACGUUCUUCAGAGGGUCAAUCUGCAGCCUGAUCUCCUCAGCUAGCGCCCCCCCCUCCCCUCCCAUUGUCCCACCGCACGCACACACACACAAACAACAUCUGCCCUGCUGAACGCCAUUCAGCCGCACCCUGACUACCACGGCUGGAUGCUGGGAGCAGAGAGAGGACCACCGCACAUCUUAGUGUUAGCUGAAGUCUACAGACGCAUUUUAGACGCAGGAUUUGGUCUCCGCUCACAGGGACUUUCUGUCUUUGAACCCUCAACCUCUCAUUUUGUCAUCAUGUCACUUAUGUUGGUUUUACAGCAAGAGAACGGUUUGAGAAAGAGAUGUUUUAAAAGUGUAACCUUUGUUGCAAAAGCCAAGAAAUCAUUAAAGAGCAUUCCUUAACUUUUUGACUAACUCACUAUGUCAGUUUGUCUGAAGGAAAAUGUUACUUAUCUCUUCUCAUUCUCUCAUCACCCUUUUUCAGCUUGCCAACUAGCCAAGGAAGGUAUUACUGUAGUUCAUUAUUGGCAGAGGACAGGCAUUGAUUAAUGUGCGUUGAGCUUGAAACAGAAUAAUUAUGCAUGAUGAAGUCAGGAAUGCGGUUUUGGACCUUGAGCCUGUUUUAAAGACACCACAUCACUUUUUUUUCCUUAUUUUGUUGAAGGAUAUCAACCUUUUUCAUGCACCAACUAUUUUAAAUGAAAUAACUUGGACGUUUGAAAAGUCGGAGCAUGUGAAGGGCAAACUAUCCUCGCCCUGUUUACACUCGUGCAAUCUUACCAACACUGUUCUGAUAGGCCCCGAAACUGGAGAUGCAACACAGGACUUGUUGCAAACAAAGUUUUAUUCAUGUCAAUGCAUUAAAUAACAUCAGUGUACAGUACAGAAGGAGAGUUUUUAACAUUUCGGCUACACUAUUUAUUUAAAUCCGUUACUCAAUCCAGCUUCUUUGUGCAGCUGUGGGCAGACACACUGUGCAUAAAACUAUUUCCAGUCUUAUGUUUUGAUGUUUGAUGUCUGAUCUUUGUGUUGCUGCACUCUUGUUGUCUUACUGAUUACACAUUGUAUCUGUUGUGAUAACUACAGUGUGUUGACAUUGUUACAGAUUGUAAAUAAAUGAGGUUGGACCCAA